AUGUCGACUUUUGGUGUUGGAAAUAUCUCCACUUUGAGCUAUAUAGCUAUUUUCAUUCGUGCGAUUGUGUGGCUAUCUAUGUGCUUCGGAAUAGUAUUUUGUGCUCGUGCUCUAAUACCUCAGCAGUGCGGGAAACUUACAAGCACUAAACUUCAAGACGCCAAUGAGUACCAUAUACUCCAAGGGUGGGACCAUACCAGAUUGGUUUCUUACAACAAGUCUUCCAAUUAUCGGGAGCCCGGCAAAAAAAUGCAACUACUCAGGUUUUAA